CCGGUCAAUACGCUAAACGGUACCAAUACAUGUAUAUCCAGUUUCAAUAACGAUAGCCCUUUUUAGGAAACUGCUUUACCUUCGUGAAGUUGCUUAACCAAACAAAUCUGCCUUUAUUCGGAUCCGCGCCAUGACCUGAUAUUAGUUCAUAGUACCGAACUUAAAAAGCCUACUCUAGGCAGGAAAUAGAGUAGCCAUGGCCGCCGCGGAGGUGCCAGAGUCGUUUGCGCCGGACAUCCCUGCGGAGACGAAGACUGUGAAGGCUCUUACCCUCCAAUCACUUAAACGUACAUACGACUUGUUUGUUAGCAACUAUGGUCAGCCAACGCCGUUGGAUGAGGGCAGCCAACUGCUCAAGGCGUCCAUCAAGUUCCGGGACGAGUACUCCCAUGUAGCACACCUGGUAGCUCCGCAGCCGGCACCCAAAGCCACCGCAGCACCGCCGCCGGGGCCUGCGGCAGCAGCAGCAGCAGGCCCCAGCGCCCGUGCCGCCCCCUCCUCCGAGGAGUCCCCCUCCGCCUCCGCCUCCCGCCCCGAGUCGCGCUCCAGCCUCGCAAAGCUCAUCGACAACAUCCCCCCAGCACCCUCAGCAGCAGGAGCAGGCAGCAAGGCGGGUGCCGACGGGCAGCUCGUCCUCUACCAGCCCCCCGGCAGUGCGGGUGCGGCUGCAGGGGACGCGGCGGCGGCGGCUCAGCAGCGGGCGGUUGCUGCGGUGCUGUCGGACAAGGGCGGCAGCAGCAGCGCAGCGGUGUCGCGGCGGCUGGCGAGCAAAUGGCCCCGACCCGUGUGGCAUGCGCCAUGGAGGAUGUACCGCGUCAUUUCAGGACACCUGGGCUGGGUUCGCUGCGUUGCGGUCGACCCGGGUAACGAGUGGUUCGCUACGGGCAGCGCGGACCGCACCAUCAAGAUCUGGGACCUGGCCUCGGGGCAGCUCAAACUCACACUCACAGGGCACAUCGAGCAGGUGACGGGUCUUGCUGUGUCCGCCCGCCACCCCUACAUGUUCAGCUGCGGGCUGGACAAGAUGGUCAAGUGCUGGGACCUGGAGCAAAACAAGGCGAUCCGCUCCUACCACGGCCACCUGAGCGGCGUGUACUGCCUGGCGCUGCACCCGGGGCUGGACGUGCUGAUGACUGGCGGGCGCGACUCGGUGGUGCGCGUGUGGGACAUGCGCAGCAAGGUGCAGGCCAUGGUGCUGGCGGGACACGACCAGACGGUGUGCUCGCUGCUGGCGCAGGCGGCGGACCCGCAGGUCAUCAGCGGCAGUCACGACUCCACCAUCCGCCUGUGGGACCUGCGCCGCGGCCGCGCCUCCUCCGUGCUCACCCACCACAAGAAGUCCAUCCGCGCACUGGCGCAGCACCCGUCGGAGUUUGCCUUCGCGUCCGCCUCCGCCGAGAACAUCAAGAAGUGGGCGCUGCCGGACGGGGACUUCCUGCACAACAUGCUCAGCCAGCAGCGCGCCAUCAUCAACUCCAUGGCGAUAAACCAGGACGGCGUCAUUGCGACGGGCGGCGACAACGGCAGCCUAUGGUUUUGGGACUGGCGCAGCGGCCACUGCUUCCAGCAGGACGAGACGCAGGUGCAGCCGGGCUCCCUGGAGAGCGAGGCCACCCUGUACGACAUGGCCUUUGACGCGAGCGGCAGCCGACUGAUUACGGCGGAGGGCGACAAGACGGUCAAGAUGUGGCGCGAGGUGGAGGACGCCUCGCCGGAGACGCAUCCGGGGCUGCCCUUCCGACCGCCCAAGGAAAUCAAGCGGUUUUGAAGGGUGUGAAAGGCAGCACAGGAAGGCAGCACGGAAGGGCGGAAAGAGGAAGGGGGAAGGUUGCCAUGCUGUGAAUGAACUGGGAG